AUGACUAGCAGAACAAAGAAAUUAAAAAUGGAUGAAGAAGAAAUUUUAAAAAAAGAAGAUGGUAGUGAAACAACAUCUGAAGAGGAAAAAGAAGAAGUAGAGGAGGAAGAAGAAGAAGAUAAAAAGAGAAAACUAGUUAAAAAAACACCUGCAAAGAAAGCACCUGCAAAAAAAGCUGCUGCAAAGAAAAAGAGUAAAGAUGAAGAUGAAGAUGAAGAAGAAAAAGAAGAAGAAGAAGAAACAAACAAAACAACAGCAUCAGUAUCAAUUGCAAUAGAUAAUUUAGAUGAACCAAAAGUUGAAGAAAACCAAAUGAAAAUUAUUUCAUGGAAUGUUGCAGGAUUUAAAUCAGUAUUGAGUAAAGGAUUUACAGAGUAUGUUGAAAAGGAGAAUCCAGAUGUAUUAUGUUUACAAGAGACAAAGAUUAAUCCAUCCAAUAUAAAGAAGGAUCAAAUGCCAAAAGGAUAUGAAUAUCAUUUCAUUGAAGCCGAUCAGAAAGGUCAUCAUGGCACUGGGGUUUUGACAAAGAAGAAACCAAAUGCCAUCACAUUUGGCAUUGGUAUUGCUAAACAUGAUAACGAAGGACGUGUAAUUACAUUAGAGUAUGACCAAUUCUAUAUUGUCAAUACCUACAUCCCAAACGCAGGCACAAGGGGAUUACAACGUUUAGAUUACCGUAUUAAGGAAUGGGAUGUUGAUUUCCAAGCUUACUUAGAGAAAUUAAAUGCUACCAAACCAAUCAUUUGGUGUGGUGAUUUAAAUGUUGCUCAUACUGAAAUCGAUUUAAAGAAUCCAAAAACUAAUAAAAAAUCAGCUGGUUUCACAAUCGAAGAGAGAACAAGUUUUUCAAAUUUCUUAGAGAAAGGUUAUGUUGAUAGCUAUAGACAUUUCAAUCCUGGUAAAGAAGGUUCUUACACUUUUUGGUCUUAUUUAGGUGGUGGUAGAUCAAAGAAUGUAGGUUGGAGAUUAGAUUAUUUCGUUGUAUCAAAAAGAUUAAUGGAUUCUAUUAAAAUUUCACCUUUCCAUAGAACAAGUGUUAUGGGUUCUGAUCAUUGUCCAAUUGGUGUUGUAGUUGAUUUAAAUUAA